CAAAAAUGCCCCUCCAACGAGAUCUCAUAAUGCUGCUUUGCCACAUUCAGGAACUGUAGGCCUUUUGGUGUCUUGAAAUGUAUUCUCUCCUUGGAGCAAUUUAGGGCACCAAAUUUAUGCUUUAUAAGCAUAUCUCUUUCAGAGAAAGGCGAACUCUAUUAUCUUCUAUUGAAAUAAAGAUGAAACAUAUGGUUAGAUCAAUUCACAUGAAUCUGCCUAUGUAGCACAUGUUGAAAUUGGACAUGAGUGUGUUGGUGGGGACAUGCUUCAGCCAAGGGAAGCUGACAUACCUGCACUUUUCAUUUUCCUGGUCUUGAUUCCACUUUUCACUUAUAUCUUACUUGGGAGAUGGAACGAGGCGGCUAAGAAGAAGGCUAGGAUAAGUAUACUUGCUCAGCUUGCUGCUGAAGAAGCUUUCCAAGUAGAAGCAAUGGCAUCUGCCAGUGUCCUUCAAGUUUUGCCAUCUUCAAGAACUGGCUUUCAUGAAUGCACUAGAUGCUUUGCCCCUGCUACAACACGCUGCUCCAGAUGCAAGUCGGUCAGAUACUGUUCUGGAAAGUGCCAAAUAAUUCACUGGAGGCAGGGGCAUAAGCAUGAAUGUCAACAAUGGCAUGAUAGUUCCUUGGAUGUUUUGGCUGGCCUACCUCUUAAAGAUACAGUUCGGCAUAAGUCUAUCUUGAAUAACUCAAAAUCAUCUUACCUUUGCAAUGGUAUUGAAGAGCCCCUGCAUUACAAUAUUCAAAAUGACAUGGAUGAUCCUUCCUUUAUUAGCACUGACACAUCCGAAGAUUCAGAGACUGGAAGGAAGUCAUCAAGAAUGGGUGUUGUUAAUAAAUCAAAAAAAGAUAAAUCUUAUGGCGAUGAUUACACUGCAUGUGCAUUUGAUCAAGACCAUGACCAUGAUGCUUGUGCUCAAGCCUUGUUGACCAACCAUUUUACUGAGAUUUCUUCAGAGGAUGCUCCUAAAGGAUCUAAGUUAGCAAAUCGAAACUCUACUGUUUCGCCCUGUCAAAUCCAUAUGAAUCAAGAGACCAACAUCUCAUCUAAUGCCAGAAGUCCGAUGGUCCAGCACAAUAAAUCAGCUGCCGAAACAAGAAAGGGACUGGAACAAAGUGGUUCCACUGCAACAUCAUCUCGGUUACAUUCGGAUAAACAUGUGAUAAGUGAAUGCCAAAAUGGUGCAAAUAUCAGUCCAGAGAAAGCAGAUUUUUCUGAGUCUGGUUUUUCUUCUUCUAAUGAAAAAUUUCAUGUCAGUUACCCUGCUGAACACUAUUCAGCCAAAGAAAGCAUAAUGUACAGGAAACCCCCCUACACUCUUGGGCACACAGCUUCCUCGUCACAGAAGUUAGCAGAGAACAUGUCGAGAGGAUACCACUCUCAAAGUUUAGGAAAAAUUUGUGACAAGGAAAAUGGAUCUGGAAUCCGACAAAAGAAUAUAUCCUCGAACAUCCACAUACGGGGCCUCAGUGGGAAUGCAAGCAUUGAAGGGAUUAUGGCAGGCUCAAAGAAGAAUCCAAAAGCGCUCAAACGGAAUCUUCUUUUAUUGUUGAAUGACAAUAAGAAGAACAAGGUUUGUCAAAUGUUAUUUCCUUACGAAGAUCUUGUUAAGUUUUUCCAAUGUGAAGAGUGGCGGAUAUCUCCUAGGGGGCUUCUUAAUUGUGGAAAUAGUUGCUAUGCUAAUGCUGUUUUGCAAUGUCUGACUGGCACCAAACCUCUCAUGGUCUACCUACUUCAGAGAUCACAUUCAAGAACCUGUUGUGUCAAGGAGUGGUGCCUCAUGUGUGAACUCGAGCAACAUGUUUCAAUGUUGAAGGAAGGAGGUGGUCCUUUGUCUGCCAGUAAGAUCCUUUUGAACAUGAGAAAUAUUGGGUGUCGCAUGGGUGGUGGAAACCAAGAGGAUGCACAUGAAUUUCUCAGGCUUCUAGUUAUGUCCAUGCAAUCCGUGUGCCUUGAAGGACUGGGUGGUGAGAAGGAAGUUGAUCCAAGGUUGCAAGAUACAACACUUAUACAACAGAUAUUUGGUGGUCGCCUCAAAUCAAAGGUCAAGUGCCAAAGAUGUCAUCUUGAGUCUGAAAGAUAUGAGAGCAUUAUGGAUCUUACACUGGAGAUACAUGGCCGGGUUGAAUCACUGGAAGAUGCUCUCACACAAUUUACUGCUCCGGAGGAUUUAGAUGGGGAGAAUAUGUACAGAUGUGGAAGGUGUUUGGCAUAUGUUGAAGCCAGGAAGCAGUUGAGUUUACAUGAGGUCCCCAACAUACUAACUAUAGUUUUGAAGAGGUUCCAGACAGGGAAGUAUGGCAAAAUCAAUAAGUGUGUUACCUUCCCUGAGAUGCUGGACAUGAUUCCUUUUGUGACUGGGACUGCUGACAACCCUCCCCUUUACCUGUUGUAUGCGGUUGUUGUGCACGUGGAUACACUGAAUGCAUCAUUUUCAGGGCAUUAUAUUUCAUAUGUUAAAGAUCUGGAAGGAACAUGGUUCAGAAUUGAUGAUUCUGAGGUGCAAGCAGUACCACCGAAUCAAGUGAUGUCGGAAGGUGCAUACAUGCUUUUCUACGCGAGAUCUUUUCCACGGCCCCCUCAAGCUCAUACCGAGAAAAAAUUAUCACAUCCUCCAACUUUUGCAAAGCGGAGUGUGGUCAAGAGCCAGAAAUCUUCAAAACAUGGGCAACAAAGACAAGAUGGAAGCUUACAUGCCUCAGAAAAUUUGGUGAACCCUAGAAAUCAUAUGGGAAAGGAACAUGGUGAAGAUACCACGGACCAAGCUGCUGAUCACAUCUCAAGGCCUUCAAGUAGAAACAGCCUGCCGGAUGGAACAUAUCCAGAUACGUCGAGCAUGGAAUUUUCUGAUGCUACAUCUAGUGAUUGGCAUCUUUUCACAAGUUCCGACGAUUCAUCAUUCACCACCGAGAGUACCAGAGAUUCAUUUAGCACUGCCGAUUAUGGAGACAAUACUAGCAUCGACACUAUUUCCUCUAUAUUCAACCCCUUCUACGCACCAAGUUAUGUUCAUGGCAAUGCGGUUUCGUGCACAAAAUUCCCACCUUGUAGGCCACAGACAAGAUUCUUCAUGGAUAGCACAAGUGGAUCCUUAUUGCCAACUCAGCAUUUCGGCGGUGUACAUAAAGGAAGGGAUCUGGAACAAGCCUGUGCUUCGACUGAACCUUCAUCUUCGGCAAGUCACUGUAGUUUGUAUGGUCAGUGGGGAGUAAUCCCAAAUAUGGCUUUGUUCUUCUAGCUUCUGGAUUUUGUGACAUGUUGUUAGAUUCUCUUAGAUCUAGUGGAGCCUACUUAUUCUGACUGGUCCCGAAGCUGAAGUUGGAUGCGCCUCUUGUUUUUUAAUCCCCGAUGAGGCGCGCCUAAUCUUGGAGGCAUUUGUCAGGGUGGACAAGAGGCAUCAUGUACAACUGGAGUAAUUUAGUGUAGAUUCUGGCUUCUUGUUCCAUUGUGGUGGUAAAAAAAGAAGAGUUGUUCUUAGAA